AUGAAUAUCGACGACUCUGAUCCUCACCACGAAGAAGUCUGGGAUGACUCUCUCCUUAUCGAUUCCUGGAAUCAGGCUCUGAAGGAGUACAAGAAAUACCACAGCAUCCACGCGAAGGGCGGCAGCAUCCGAGAUUUGGAAGAAGCCGACGCCAGUUCAUCCAACGCGUUUCCGUCUCAGGCAAUCCUUGGCACAGUGCGCGAUGACAAUCUGAAAAAGCUCCUCAUGUCAUGGUACUACGCUGGCUAUUAUACCGGCCUAUUUGAGGGGCAGCAGCAAGCACAGCAGCAAGCACAACAGCCCUAA